AGCACUAGUUUUAUUAAAGAGUGAAUGAGGACAGAGCAGUUUUUCUGCUGUGGAUACUGUCUGAAUCAAAUAUGUCUCACACUGUGACUCUCACCGGUCCCUCGCCGUGGGGUUUUCGUCUGGUGGGUGGACGGGACUUCAGCACACCGCUCACCAUUUCCAGAAUAACACCUGCGAGUAAAGCAGCGCUGAGCGACCUGUGCCCUGGAGACACCAUCCUAGCCAUCAAUGGAGAAAGUACAGAGACCAUGACACACAUGGAGGCUCAGAACCGCAUUAAAGCCUGCACAGAUCAGCUUGUGUUGUCCAUCAGCAGAUCUGGAAAGGUUUGGUCUCCAACUGGAAUAGAAGAAAACAAGACAAGUCCAUACACCGGAAUACUGGAGUCUGAGUCACAGACCUUCCGACCAAUCAGCAGUGGCUAUAGCCCCACUCCCAAGAGUCCAUCCCCCAAGAGUCCCAUUACAGGCGGUGUGCCGUACAAUAAUGGCAACUCGAGACCUAUGUACAACAAUCCAGCCGGACUGUAUUCACACAAUAACGGCAAUGGUGCCCUGCCCAAGCAGAUGGCAGGCCUCAGCCUGGGCUCUCCUCACAGUUUCAGCCCUGAACCACCACUGAACUCAUCAGGCAACCCCAAUGGCUUCGACACACAGUCAGACGUCUACAGGAUGCUUCAGGACUACGAGGAACCUGUGUCAGCUCCCAAACAAUCUGGCUCCUUUAAAUACCUGCAGGGAAUCCUGGAAGCUGAGGAUGGGGGGGUCUCACCGGUGGACAGACAUGGGGUAAGAGGCUUGCGUUCCCCUGUCAAAUCCCCCGUGCCAAAGCUGGGCAGCCCCAUAACGGCUCCUCUGGCGCCCAUCGCCGGCUUACAGAAGCUGCCUCAGUGCACACGCUGCGGAAAUGGCAUUGUGGGAACCAUUGUGAAGGCCAGAGACAAGCUCUAUCAUCCCGACUGCUUCAUGUGUGAUGACUGUGGGCUGAAUCUAAAGCAGAGAGGAUAUUUCUUCAUCGAUGAGAAUCUGUAUUGCGAGACCCACGCCAAGGCUCGUGUGCAGCCUCCUGAGGGCUAUGACGUGGUGGCCGUGUACCCCAACUCCAAAGUGGAACUGGUCUAAGCAUACACACUCUUUAACCCAACACACACACACAGGUUUUCGUUGAGGAAUCAGCUUGGCGAAGUGGAAAUGAGAAUAACAAACUGACAUUUCUCCUGAAGCUCUUUUUCAGUCCCUGCUCAACUUUAUCCUGGACUCACGUUCUGUAGUUUGUUAACCUGCAGUUAACCUCGUGCUGAAAUCGAGCAGCUGUUUUCUAGGUCAGCAGCACUUUUUCCUAGGUUAGGCAGCCUUUCUAACAUUCUUACAGAGCAGUUCUGGUGUUGCUUUAAGAAGAAAGUUUGAAAUGUAAGAUAACUGAAUAGACAAAACAACAUGGCCCAGAAGAACAUCUGUUCAGUGGCACACCAGCCAUUUAUUUUUCUGAAUGCUGUGGUGAACUGAGGUGCUCAAAAAGGCCACGAAGAAUGUCUCAAGCCAUGUGGAAAAUGGAAAUGGUACUCAUUUAUUCAGAAAGUUUGGGACGGUAUGUUUAUUCUUUGGCUAAGAAGCCAAGCUGUGUGUUUUUUUGUCGAUGAGCUAGCUUCCAUCACCACAUCCAGCUUUAUCUUUGUCGUAAACUGAAGAAAAGGAGGAAAACUGCUUUCAUGAAUUUCAUUUAAUUGCCUUUGAGCAGAUUUAAGCUUGAAACAUGCUAAAUGCAAGUAUGUGAAUGCGAUUUGACAUGCAAUUGCUUUCCUAAAAGUGUCAAAACACGAUUUCUAUUGCAAUUAUUCAGAGAAAAAUGUCCAUAGAAGCUUUUUUUCUUUCACAUCAACUACCAUCAUGGUAAAGCAACAGUUUUAAGAGCAUCUUGCUGAAUCAGCGGCCACACAUACCACCUUAUAUAAUAUCUUCUUUUGCCUAUUAGUUUUCUGUUUAAAGCUAGCUACCUGAAAACAUUUGGUUUAAUGGCACAGACAUUUCUAGGUGACUGUAUCACAAGUACUGAUGUUGUUACCACCACAGUAAUGCAGAAAUGCAUUUUAUGUUGAAGAGUUGAAAUGUGUUGGCCAAGCAUUUGUGACUGCGUUUGCAUAUUUGUGUACAGUCGGGGGAGAGUGGGGUAAGAUGAGCCAUUUUUUACUUAUGUGGUCCGCAAGAUGAGAGAAAAUUAGGCGGAAGUACAAUGAAAGUAUCUAAAGUAAUUUUUCAGGAUGUUUCCUAUCAUUUUAAAUGAUCAGAAUGCAUCUAUGACAAAGGGUUUGAAAAAUAUGGCUUCUUAUAAAAAGUGUUCCUGUGGCUCAAUUUACCCCAGGUUAGGGGUAAGUUGAUCCGAGUCAGUGGGUAAGUUGCACCAUCUGGGUGUAAACUGAUCAUCUAACUGAAUCUGAAUCAAAGUCAUGUGAAAUUUAACUUCAGUGCCUUGUGGUGGGGUAAAUUAAAACAAUGGCUCAAUUUACCCCACAGAUUUGGCUCACUUUGCCCCAUAGCUGCCAUUUUGGACAACAUUAGCUAGCUUACCAAUUCAGUCUAAUAUUUAUCUAUAUGAUUUGCAUGGUUUUAUAACAUUACUAAAUCACCAGUAUGCAUCAUAAAUAUUUUUAGACCUGGAUUAAUUUGCUUUAACAACAGCCAUUACAUCUUUUAUGCUGAGAAUUUUACUUUUACAAGCCAAAAAAUGUUUUUAAAGUAAAUGGGUGCCUUCCACUCCUCCCAUGUGCUUUUCCUUUUCACAAUCUGGCAGAAAUGAUGGGUGGUUCCAAAAUUUAUGGUCACAUGACAAUACAAGUGUACGGUUUGCCGAGAUACAGCACUGGCUCAUCUUACCCCACUCUCCCCCUAUGUAAUUUAAACUAGAUUUAUUUUGAUGGUGUGGAUGACUUCUUCAUGUAAAACAAAACCAGAAUAGUAAAGUAGAUAUUCUUUUUUUUUUUUUUUUGGCUUUUCUUUAUCUGGUGACGCUUUUGUAAAUUCUGUUUAAAAAAAAAAAAGAGAGAGAAAUGUUUGUUUUUCUAGUUUCUUAUGAAUGAGAUAUAUGUGUGGGUUUUGAAAACGAUUAACACAUAACUACUUUGUUGUAUUAAGAGUCUUCUGUAAAUAAUUUGAAUGCUAACAGUUCAUCUUUUAAAAUAAUGACAGCGAAUGGAAAAGCGAAAACAGAAAAGGAAUUCUUUUUUCUUCUUUUUUUGAGCAAGGAGUUACUUGUCAUUCCAAACGUUCUUUUUUCUGUGGAACACAAAGAAAUAAUUCUCAUUCUAGAAAGUAUUAUAACAGUAGUCCAUUAGACUGCAAGUCUUCUGAAGCCAUAUGAUAAUGUUGUGUGAGGAACAGACCAAAAUUGAAGCCAAUAUUGUGUUGGGGUCAGUUUGACUCGCAUUUGAUUUUCAAGCUUCUUGAAACACUGGUUAAGCUAUUUAUUUCUUUUUUAAGUGAUGUGACAAUUUCUUAUUUAGGGUCAUGAAUGUUGCAAAGUUUUGACACAGAUGUGUUUUGGAAAGACUGUACAAAUUUCAGUUCCCAAUUGGUUUCUAUGCAAUUUGCCAAAAAGCAACAAUUUUAAUAACAGCAAAGAAUCAGGUAAAAAGAAUUCCUUUAUUUGAAUAUGAACACUAGAUUUUUUAAAAUACAGAAGAACUUAUGAAAUUUAAGACUUGAAGUUGACUCAAAAUUAGAGGCUUAUCUUAUGAAUCAUCCAAGGAAAAUUCACUGUUUUUUUCUUCAAUUUCAGUUUCUCAUUAAAAAAAAAUCUGGA